AUGCCUGUGCCAUGGAAACGUAUCAUUCUCUGUCUGGAUGGAACUUGGGUGAAUAGUGACAAAGGCUACAACCGGCCCACCCUUGACCAGCCAAACGCGACGCUCCAGGUUCCAUCGAACGUGACUCGUGUUUACCGCUCACUCAGAAACCGCGACCGGGAUGGAACGUGUCAAAUCUCGUACUAUCAACCCGGUGUUGGUAGUACUGGUGGAAUCGCUGAUAGUAUAGCCGGUGGAGUGUUUGGAGCCGGGGUUUCUGAAAACAUGCGAGAGGCUUACAGUUUUGUCGCUGCAAAUUAUGAGCCUGGAGAUGAGAUCAUCUUGAUGGGAUUUUCCCGCGGUGCUUUUACGGCGCGUGCCGUAGCACAGAGCAUGAUAUCCGAGAUCGGUCUUCUCAACUCCAAAGGAAUGGAAGUGUUUUAUCCGAUCUUCAAGGAUGUUCAGAACAUGCGAAAUACCCAUUAUAAGGACAAAUUUCCCACAGUUCCAUUUCCUAACAAGCCAAAGUCGCCUGACAGAGGUAAAGAAUAUCGACAACGCCUUGAAGAGUCUUCAAAGGGCGGCUUCACACGACUUAAUGACCCAGAUGGAUAUCGCAUCAAAAUCCGCUGCGUUGCGGUGUGGGAUACGGUAGGAAGUCUAGCUCUUACAUGCAAAUUCUACGACACAUCACUCUCCAACGACAUUGAAUAUGCCUUCCAGGCGCUCGCCCUUGAUGAAGAUCGCGCCUCCUUCUCUCCAGCAGUCUGGGAAAGACCGCCCAAAUCCCGUACCGACCUUCGACAAGUCUGGUUCCCUGGAGCGCAUUCCAAUGUCGGUGGAGGUCUUCCCGAUCAAGAAAUGGCAAAUAUCACUAUGGCCUGGAUGAUGGACCAACUCGCAUCUAUUGGUGUUGCCUUCGAGUCAAAUACAAUAGAUCGGAUAUUUGAGGAGAGCGUUCGUUAUUAUUACAAUUGUGGCCAACAGUCGAAGCCUCGACCUGAUUCCCCAGAACGAAAGAGAGUGACACAGUGGGCGUCCGCCUCAAUUUACGACGAACACCGACCAGUUCGUCCCUGGGCAUUGGGCGAGAUUGUUCAGCCGGAAACGGGAUUAUACCGUCUGGCAGGGAAAUUGACCCGCACACCUGGGAUGUAUCAUGUCGUCGCUCGCGAUACGGGACAAGCGACACCGUACUUCCUGAGAGAUACAAAUGAGAAAAUCCAUCGAAGUGUUCGCAUUCGUCUCUCGUUGGAAGGGCUCGGAUAUGAUGACAUGGGGCCAUACAAAUGUCGCGCGCUUCUUAAAAAGGGACCGUGGUCGCUCCGCCGGAUUCGCUACGUCGUUCGAUCAACUAGACAAACUGUCAAUUCUUAUGGCGAAGUCGAUGAAGUGAUAGAUGAAAAAGAAGAGUCGGGCUGGGGAUGGAUGUAUGACGGACAGAAAGAAGAUGCGCCUCCAGACACACUUUUAAUGGAGGAGGAACUGGGCCCGUACGAGAAUGAGUUGCUUCGUCUUAACAAAGGUCGUCCGUUCUAUCGCGAGAUACUCGCAGAUUGUAGGCGAUGA